AUGGGUUCGAUUGACACCCCCAAAAAUCCAGAGAACGGCUCCACAACCCUGCCUCUCGCCACCGACGCUUCCACUACGUACGGCGGCGACCAAAAUCCUCCUAACGGAAUCGACGGAAUGCCUCCACGUGUCACCGAAAUGACGCUGACGGUCGAAUCCGAAGCGAUCAAGAAGAGGAAAGCUAGUAUGUUACCGCUCGAGGUAGGAACUCGUGUUAUGUGCCGCUGGAGAGACUGCAAGUACCAUCCGGUUAAGGUCAUCGAGCGCCGUAAGAUGCAGUCUGCUGGGCCGAAUGAUUACGAGUACUAUGUGCAUUAUACGGAGUUUAAUAGGAGGCUUGAUGAAUGGGUGAAACUUGAACAACUAGAUCUUGAUUCAGUAGAGACUGUUAUUGAUGAAAAGGUGGAGGACAAGGUAACAAGCUUGAAAAUGACACGCCACCAGAAACGGAAGAUUGAUGAGACGCAUGUGGAGGGCCACGAGGAGCUUGAUGCUGCCAGCCUGCGCGAGCAUGAAGAGUUCACAAAAGUAAAAAAUAUAGCCACCAUUGAGCUUGGAAGAUAUGAGAUUGAGACGUGGUACUUCUCACCUUUCCCACCAGAGUACAAUGAUUGUCUGAAGCUGUACUUUUGUGAAUUUUGCCUCAAUUUCAUGAAGCGCAAAGAGCAGCUUCAAAGGCAUAUGAAGAAGUGUGAUCUCAAGCACCCUCCUGGUGAUGAAAUUUAUCGAAGUGGCACAUUAUCAAUGUUUGAGAUAGAUGGCAAAAAGAACAAGGUUUAUGGGCAGAAUCUUUGUUAUUUGGCGAAGUUGUUUCUUGAUCACAAGACCCUUUAUUACGAUGUUGACCUGUUUCUAUUUUACGUUUUGUGUGAAUGUGAUGAUCGAGGAUGCCACAUGGUUGGAUAUUUUUCCAAGGAAAAGCAUUCCGAGGAAUCCUAUAAUUUGGCAUGCAUCCUCACCCUUCCUCCUUAUCAAAGGAAAGGCUACGGGAAGUUUUUAAUUGCCUUCUCAUAUGAACUUUCCAAGAAAGAAGGUAAAGUCGGCACACCCGAAAGACCCCUUUCAGACCUGGGGUUGUUGAGCUACAGAGGAUAUUGGACCCGAGUUCUUUUAGACAUUUUGAAAAAGCACAAGGGCAAUAUUUCCAUCAAGGAGCUCAGUGACAUGACAGCAAUAAAGGCAGAGGAUAUUUUGACUACCCUGCAGAGCCUAGAAUUGAUUCAAUAUAGGAAAGGGCAGCACGUGAUUUGUGCGGAUCCAAAGGUCCUGGAUCGCCAUCUAAAAGCUGCUGGUCGGGGUGGUCUUGAGGUUGAUGUUAGCAAAUUGAUCUGGACCCCUUACAAAGAACAAGGUUGA